AUGCCCGAUUCAAAAUCCAUCAUCUGCACCGCCGCCGGCAAGCUGGAGAUUCAGUCCGUGCCCAAGCAGAAGUUGCCGCCAGGCUAUGUUCUUGUCAAGACCAAAGCGGUCGCCCUUAACCCUACGGACUGGAAGGCCAUCGAUAACCCGGCUGGCUUCGCCAUAGGAACACGUCCCGGCGUUGAUUUUGCUGGAAUCGUCGAGGAAGUUGGGCCUGAUGUGACAAAGGACUUCCAGCAGGGCGACAGAGUGUGCGGCGUAGCUUUCGGAACGAAGGACCGUGAUCAUGGGGCUUUUGGAGAGUUUACCAUGACCAAGGAGCACGUCCUGGUCAAGAUUCCCGACCAUCUCAGCUUUGAACAGGCCGCCACUCUGGGAGUCGGCGUCACUACCUGCGGGCAGGCCUUGUACCAGCUCCUGGACUUGCCUCUCCCCCCAGCGGCCGCAUCCGAGCCGCAGCAGACGAUUUUGAUCGGCGGAGGAAGCACAGCCACGGCAGUACUGGGCAUCCAGUACGCCAGGCUCUCGGGGCUGCGCGUAAUUGCGACGGCUUCUCCUUACAACUUUGACUAUCUACGUUCUCUGGGCGCUGAGGUACUUCUCGACUACCACGAGCCCGUCGAGGAGCUGGUGAAAAAGAUUAGAGCUGUCACAGGCGAUGACCUUACUCGGGCCUGGGACUGCUCUCCAAAUGAGCAGUUCCCUCAAGUCGCCGCCCUCUCUCUGAGCAAGAACAGGGAUGGCAUCUACGCCUCGGUGAACCCCCUCACGCCGCCCGACCUCCUUCGGGACAAGAAUCCAAAGGUGGAAGCCAAGUGUCAGCUGGGCUACACCGCUUUUGGAGAGUCCUUUGAGCGCGGCAAGAGCAAGUUCCCGGCGUCGCAGGAAGAUGCCAGGUUUGCCGGCUCGUUUUGGGAGCUGAGCGCAAAGUUACUUGCUGAAAAGAAGCUGCAGCCUACGAAGCCCACUGUCGAUCAAGGCGGAAAGGGACUGGAAGGUGUGAUUGCAGGAUUGGAGAACCUCCGUCAAGGCAAAGUCUCUGGCACGAAGCUGGUCUACACGCUUUAG